GAUGGUAUAAAGGCAUCGCAGACUCAUCAAUUGUCUCAAUUGGAAAUCAUGCGUCUCUACUCCUCCAUUAUUAUUGCUGCUCUGUCCGUCAUCGCUACUGGCGCACAGACCAUAAGCGGUCAGUACGACUGUCUCCCGGCAGGAGGCUACACUCUUUGCCAGAAUCUAUGGGGAAAAUCUGCUGGUGUGGGAAGCCAGACAUCUACUCUAACUAGCUCCUCGUCCCAAUCCGUCUCGUGGUCCACAAAUUAUACCUGGGCGAAUGGACCCAACAAUGUCAAGAGCUACGCCAACAUCCUCUCCAAUUCCGCCAAGGGUGUUCAGUUGCAAAAUGUUGCUUCUGCGCCAACUUCAUGGACUUGGUCCUACGCUACGCAAUCGAGCGGCAUCCGUGCAGAUGUUUCCUACGAUAUCUGGCUCGGUGUCGCAAGCUCUGGCAAUCCUGCAACGAGUGCCUCUUCUUACGAGAUCAUGAUCUGGCUGUCUGGCCUUGGAGGGAUUCAACCUGUUGGCUCUCAAAUACUAUCGAAUGUCCAGAUCGCUGGCCACACAUGGAAUCUUUGGAAGGGCCCGAAUGCAAACUGGCAAGUAUUGUCAUUCGUCAGCGCGACGGGCAACAUCAACUCGUUCAACGUCGAUUUGAAUGCCUUCUUCACCUACUUGGUCCAGCAACAGGGAGUUUCAGCGUCACAGUACAUUCAGGCGAUCCAGUCCGGGACUGAACCGUUUGUGGGUACGGCCAACCUUGUUACUAGCACAUAUAGUGUUUCGAUUACGCGCAAAUGA